CGCGCGCUGUGUUCCCGCCCUGUGACUCUAAGCGGGCAAUUCCUGGAAGAGGCUUGCUGACGGGAACGUUCAGGCUCCAUGGCUGCCCGACGGCGGGGGACGCGCAGCGGCGGGGCCCGAGCAUUAAAUGAAGCUGGAAGAGUUCAUAAUGGCAGCACGGCUAUAGAAGACCCUCCUCCUGCAAAGAAAACUCGAAGAUGCCAGAGGCAGGGGGUGAAAAAGGAGCCUGUGGCUGGAGGAGAGGCCAAUAAUGACAGGACAGAAGACAAGCAAGAGUCUGUGAAGACCUUGCUGUUAAAGGGCAAAGCUCCCGUGGACCCCGAGUGCACAGCCAAGGUGGGGAAGGCCCAUGUGUACUGUGAAGGGAAUGAUGUCUAUGAUGUCUUGCUAAAUCAGACCAAUCUUCAGUUCAACAACAAUAAGUACUAUUUGAUUCAGCUGUUAGAAGAUGAUGCCCAGAGGCACUUCAGCGUUUGGAUGAGAUGGGGCCGAGUUGGGAAAAUGGGGCAGCACAGCUUGGUGGCUUGUUCAGGGGACCUCAACAAAGCCAAGGAAAUCUUUCAGAAGAAAUUCCUUGACAAAACAAAAAACAAUUGGGAGGAUCGUGAGAAGUUUGAGAAGGUGCCUGGAAAAUAUGAUAUGCUAGAAGUGGACUAUACCACCAAUACUCAGAGUGAAGAGGAAUCAAAAAAGGAAUCUCUUAGCUCCCCUUUGAAACCAGAAUCACAGCUAGAUCUUCGUGUGCAGGAGCUGAUAAAGUUGAUCUGUAACGUCCAGGCCAUGGAAGAGAUGAUGGUAGAAAUGAAAUAUGACACCAAGAAAGCCCCACUCGGGAAGCUGACAGUGGCACAAAUCAAGGCAGGCUACCAAUCUCUUAAGAAGAUUGAGGACUGUAUUCAGGCUGGCCAGCAUGGACGAGCUCUCGUGGAAGCUUGCAAUGAAUUCUACACCAGGAUCCCACAUGACUUUGGACUCCGUACCCCUCCAUUAAUCCGGACAGAGAAAGAACUAUCAGACAAAGUACAACUACUAGAGGCUUUGAGAGACAUUGAAAUUGCCAUUAAGCUGGUGAAGACAGAGCUGCAAAGCCCAGAACACCCAUUGGACCAACACUAUAGAAAACUACAUUGUGCCUUGUGCCCUCUUGACCAUGAAAGUUAUGAGUUCAAAGUGAUUUCCCAGUACCUGCAGUCUACUCAUGCUCCCACACACAGAGACUAUACCAUGACCUUACUGGAUGUUUUUGAAGUGGAGAAGGAGGGUGAAAAAGAAGCCUUCAGAGAGGACCUUCAUAACAGGAUGCUGCUGUGGCAUGGUUCCAGGCUUAGUAACUGGGUGGGAAUCCUGAGCCACGGGCUUCAAAUUGCCCCACCUGAGGCUCCCAUCACAGGUUACAUGUUUGGGAAAGGAAUCUACUUUGCCGACAUGUCUUCUAAGAGUGCCAAUUACUGCUUUGCUUCUCGAGUAAAGGAUACCGGACUGCUGCUUUUAUCAGAGGUCGCUCUGGGUCAGUGUAAUGAGCUACUAGAGGCCAAUCCUGAGGCAGGAUUACUUCAGGGCAAACACAGCACCAAGGGACUGGGCAGGAUGGCUCCCAGACCUGCCUCCUUCAUCACCCUGAAUGGGAGUACGGUACCCUUAGGACCAGCAAGUGAUACAGGAAUUCUGAAUCCAGAGGGCUAUACUCUCAACUACAAUGAAUUUAUUGUCUAUAACCCCAACCAGGUCCGUAUGCGAUACCUUCUAAAGGUUCAGUUUAAUUUCCUGGAGCUGUGGUGAAUGUCAAUAUUAAAUAAACCAGAUAGGUCUGAUCUUCAAAGAAGAAAAUAGGCAAGGUUUUACUUUUGAAUUUUCUGAUCUUUUAUGUAAUAAAAAUAGCACAAAUCUACC